AAAGAUAGUUGAGUUAUCAUGGAUCAUUUGAAGUUAACGGUGGAUAAGUUAUCGGUGGAUGCGGUGAGCGAGCUGGUGGUAGACGACAGCUGCGGUGCUGUGUCUAUCUUUGUGGGGACUACUAGAGAUAACUUUGAAGGCAAAAAGGUGCUGAGACUGGAGUAUGAGGCUUACGAGCCGAUGGCGCUAAAAGCGAUGAAGGCCAUCUGCGACGAAGUUAGGAGCAAAUGGAGCGCUGUACAUAGCAUAGCUAUAUAUCAUAGAUUAGGCAACGUCCCUACCCGCGAAGCGUCCGUAAUCAUCGCAGUCUCCAGCCCGCACCGGCGCGACUCGUUAGAUGCCGUCUCGCUCUGCAUCGAGCUGCUGAAGGCGAAGGUGCCCGUGUGGAAGCGAGAGGUGUACGCGGACGCAGCGCCCGCUUGGAAGGAGAACCGAGAAUGUGAGCCAACCCCACCCUCUCCGCCGGACACGGUGGACAAGAACCUGAUCCAAAUCAACGUGUCCACUGACGAGCUGCAGAAACGUAUUCAGAACUUCAUCGAGAGGAAGAGAGAACAGGUAAACAUCAGCAACAUCCACGAUUUCAUACCCGGGGUAGAUCAAGAGAGCGAGACAGAAGACACAUGUGCGAGAGUGCGCACACAAUUUGUGAGAAGGAGCGACUCUAAGGGACAUUUGAAAAUCCGCAAGGUCCACAACGAAUGGGGCCCGCAAACGGUCUCCUCCCCUCCCCAGCCCGCACCCCUGCCGGGCGCCAUCGCAGAAAGGGUCCUCAAUAUAGAGAAGUUCCUCAACAUGGGGCCUGUGGCGCCUGACAUCUACAGGCGCCUGAAGGAGAUGGAAGACAGAAUAGCGCAGCUGCAGGCCAUAUCGCCGGAGUAUGCGGAGUUCUGGUUCCUCAACAUGGAGCCCGUGGCGCCCGACAUCUACAGGCGCCUGAAGAAGAUGGAAGACAGAAUAGCGCAGCUGCAGGCCAUAUCGCCGGAGUAUGCGGAGUUCUGGUUCCUCAACAUGGAGCCCGUGGCGCCCGACAUCUACAGGCGCCUGAAGGAGAUGGAAGACAGAAUAGCGCAGCUGCAGGCCAUAUCGCCGGAGUAUGCGGAGUUCUGGGUGAGUGAGACAGCUAUGUAUAAGAACGGGUCCUCAAUAUAG